GUUGCCCGCGAGUGGCUUUUCGGUUGAUGGUGAAAAUGCAGAGCCACAGUGUUGCAGGCGAUUCGUGGGUUAUAGGACAUAAGCGCAUAGAUUUAAAAUUAUAAAUAGUAAUAAAAUAUGUACAUACAUAAAUAAUUUAUGUGUUUAAAAAUUUAUAAUCCACGCAUAUAAUGUACCUACUAGGUGCAACAAAAAAAAAAAAAUAAGUGUGAACUAAAAAAUUAGGCAAAUUCAGAAUAUACACAGCAAAUUUGUACCUUAAAUGGAGAUCUCGUAAACAUUACCGUGAAAAGUGUGCAAAAAUAAUCCAAGAAAAUGUCUUCAAAGUUACGCGGUGAGGAAACAUAUCGACGCAUUACACGCGAAAAGCUGGUGCUACGCGGCAAUACGGCCAUUCGCACCUUGGAUUCCACCACAUCCUAUUUGCCAUUGCUGCCUGGUACCUCCACAACACCGCCAACGGGGCUCUCACAUGUGGCACGGAUGAUGGACUCAUUGAUACUGGAUCAAUAUCCACCAUUCGCCUUUACUAAGAUCACAACCACGCACAGGCCGACACGUACUGGUAAUGGCAAAAAAACCGAGACCACACGCACAACCACUUUAAGCGGUCUUUCACCAGGUAGCUCGGCCACACUGGGCGCUGGUGGUGGUAUGGCAGCGGGAGGACUACGAAAGACGCGUAUACCUACGCAAGGUAAUUAUUAUAGAAAUAUAUUGCCCCCACAGCCAAGGCCCAAUACAAACUUGCCGCCCACUACGGGCUCCACAAAUCCACUUUAUCAAAAUGCGAAUGGUGGUGUAGGUGGCAGCAGCGGCAACACAGGCAAUAAUACGCACAUACAAUUCCCGAAUCACAAUGACAACCGUUGGAUCUCGUCACUGCGCCGAUCACGCGAUCCUGAACUACAGCCCACACUGCCUUCCAUAAAUUUGAGUCAUCAUGGCAGCGCGCACAACGUGGGCGGCAGCCUAGGCAGCGACAAGGGACGCAGUUCGCGCAGCAUUAAGGCCUCAGCCAUGGCGGCAACACGCAAAAGCCGUAGCGUAGAGCGCAUACGUGCACGCAAACUUACCACACAAAUCAAAUUCAAAGACAAGCCUAAGAAGAAUUCGAUUGAUGAGAACUCCAAUUCAGAUGAUCAGGAAAUCACAUCUUUGGAGGAGAACUCCACAUCGCAGAAUACGCCGAAAAGUUCGCCGAAAACAAAAACGAAAGUAUUUUCGGCCAUCGGCUAUGAGACGCACUUGGUGGAUUCGCUCGAAAAGGACAUAUUGCAGCGUAAUCCCGGCGUCAAGUGGUGCGAUGUGGCAGGGCUAAAUGAAGCCAAGGCCAUACUACAGGAAGCUGUCGUUUUACCAAUAAUUAUGCCCGACUUCUUCAAGGGCAUACGACGCCCAUGGCGUGGUGUUUUGAUGGUAGGCGCACCGGGCACUGGCAAGACCAUGCUAGCCAAGGCGGUGGCCACCGAAUGUGGCACCACUUUCUUCAACGUCUCUUCAGCCACGCUAACCUCAAAGUAUCGUGGCGAAAGCGAGAAGCUGGUGCGCUUAUUGUUUGAAAUGGCGCGCUUUUAUGCGCCGAGCACAAUAUUCUUCGACGAAAUCGAUGCGUUGUGUACAUCGCGUGGCAGUGAUUCCGAACAUGAGGCAAGUCGGCGCUUUAAAGCCGAGCUGCUAAUACAGAUGGAUGGAUUGAAUGCGACUCUGCAGGAAGAUAAGAUCAUUAUGGUUUUGGCGGCGACAAAUCAUCCGUGGGACAUUGAUGAGGCUUUUAGGCGACGAUUCGAGAAAAGGAUCUAUAUUGCACUUCCAAAUGAAGAAACUCGCUCCGCCCUACUUAAACUUUGUCUCAAAGAUGUACGUCUUUCACCCAAUCUUGACACGAAUCUCAUUGGCGAUCAGCUAAAAGGUUAUUCCGGUUCGGACAUAAGCAAUGUAUGUCGCGAUGCCGCCAUGAUGGCAAUGCGUCGCCUCAUAGCCGGCCGUUCGCCAUCCGAAAUCAAGGAAAUACGACGCGAGGACAUUGAUCAACCCAUAACAUUGCAGGAUUUCCAAGAAGCCAUGGAGCGAACUAAACAAUCUGUAACGGCUGAUGAUGUUUCACGUUUCGAAAAAUGGAUGGAGGUCUAUGGCUCAUGUUAGGCUAGUCGCAGGCAAUAUUUAUUUACGCAUAAUUUAUUUAAUAAAACGCGUACACAUAACUUAAAAUAAAAAAGCAAUAAAGUGCAAGCUUCAAUAAUUUCUAAACCCGAAAGAGGGCUCAAUGGAAGGUGCGUGUAACUAAUACAAUUGCGUACGUACAUACAUACAUUUAUUAUACAACUUCCAUAGUUCAUAGCUCUUAUAUGGAUUAGUACUGCUGAUGUUUAUGGUUCCAUUUAUGUUAUUUUCGUCACUAGUGAGUAACUUUACCUGAAUUCGCUCAAAUUAUAUAACAACCCACCCCUUGUCCUAUAUCCUAAGUAUCAAGAAAAUAUAUCCUGCCUCCUUACUUGAAAUUCAAGCGCUAGAUCGUCUCAAAAAUUGAUAAAAGACGUGAAUGUUAGAUAACCAUUUACAUACAUACACACAUAACUAUAUGCAGCUAGUCGAUAGAUAAAUCAUUUUAUAUAAAACAUUUAUAAAUUUAGUAGUAUGUGUGUAUAUUCGAAUUUCGAAGUAAUAAA